AUGGAACGCGACUGUUCGUUAGCGGAAACCGAGGACUGCGCCGAAAAGCGGAGACGUUUGAAGACGCUCGCGUACGCGCCGUUAGUUUCUUCGGCGUAUUUUAUCGCGGUUAUGAUUUCGAGACGAAAAGUAGAGUUUAUAGGCAACGCGGUUUUAUGCGUGUUACACGCGAUACUUUUGAGACAAACGGCAAACCAGGUGCGCGAACAGACGGUAUCGUCUGUGAAUCACGCGGAACAGGUGUGUAAUUUGUUUGCUCUUUUGUUUUGGUCGAAAGCGUACGCGAGUUUAUAUUCCAUGGGAGGAGAAGCGUUUCAAAAAUCGAGAGUAGAAGCGAUCGCGGAUAGUUGCAUGCUCGUUUUCCAAGCGUACAUCCUCUACGUUUCCUCGCUCGCCUUUCGUAGGCUGAGUUUUAUAUACGCGUUGUAUCUCGUUCAAAAAAUUGAUGGGGAGAACAAGAAUAUUAGUACGAGCGCGGCGUCGUUUGAAGUCGACAAGCACGGAAACUGGUCGCGAUUGGACGCGGUCAACGCCGCGGUCGAUAUCGUCGAAGAAGUUAAAGAAGAAGAAAGAACGUAA